AAAAGACAAAUGAUUGACCAUUACAGUUAAUAGGAAGCCACUGAGACACCCCAGCUACCAAGUCAAGAGGGAAUUUUCUCCAUUAUGUUGCAAGAGCAAUUGAAUUACUGGAGAAACUACAAGAGUCCGGAGAAGUACCAGUACACAAGCUACAAUCCCUAAAGAAAGUACUGCAGAGUGAGUUUUGUACAGCUAUCAGAGAGGUAUAUCAAUAUAUGCAUGAAACCAUAACUGUUAAUGGCUGCCCAGAAUUCCGUGCCAGGGCCACUGCAAAGGCAACAGUUGCUGCUUUUGCAGCAAGUGAAGGCCAUUCACACCCUCGAGUGGUGGAGCUGCCAAAGACUGAUGAAGGUCUUGGCUUUAACGUGAUGGGAGGAAAGGAACAAAACUCUCCUAUAUAUAUUUCUCGUAUAAUUCCUGGAGGGGUGGCAGAAAGACAUGGAGGACUCAAGCGAGGAGACCAGCUGCUUUCUGUUAACGGAGUGAGCGUGGAAGGAGAGCACCAUGAAAAAGCAGUGGAGCUCCUGAAGGCUGCUAAAGAUAGUGUCAAGUUGGUUGUGCGCUACACUCCCAAAGUGCUGGAAGAGAUGGAGGCUCGUUUUGAAAAACUGAGGACAGCACGACGCCGGCAACAGCAGCAACUGCUAAUUCAGCAGCAGCAACAGCAGCAGAAUACACAGCAAAAUCAUAUGUCGUAGGUUAUUCUCAAGAAUAAAAUCUAGAUCAAGAAUUCAGUAACCAAGCAAUUGGAGCUGUGCUUCAGAAUUCCAACCUACAGUUACAAGAAAACAGAGAGAACACAAUAACUGAACUUAUCAAGAAGUUAUGAAUAAGUGGUGUAAGAAUAAUUUAGUAAGAACCAAAACACAUCUGGUACCUUCUUUAUAAGGCUUUUCAGUACAGUGCAGUCUCAGAUACAAGAUUUCUAUGACUUUAUUCCUAAUGAGCAGUAUGGUAAGUAAACACUAUGAAAUGUAGAGAAGUUUGGGGCUUCUGAAUAAAUCAUUGUAAGGUCCAAUCUUGCACUCCUUAUUCUAACAAAACUCUGGCCUAUUGGUCAGUGAGGGUUAUAUCUAAGGAGGCCAAGAUCGGCUGCUAGUGAGGGUGAAGUCUUUCUCUGCAGUUAUUUCCAGAAAUGAACAACUUGUUGUCCAUCAACCAAACUGCAUCUGUUCAAAAUGUUGCCACAAACAUAAAACAAACUCCCACAUCACACUCCAUAACCUCUUUUUACUAUAUAUUGUAGAGUUGUUUUAAUCUGACUUCCAGUUUAUAAUAAUUUUCAAUUUUUUUUCCUGAAAAUAGCAAGUUACUAUAUUUAUAAAGUAUUCAGUUGUAGAAGCAAUUGGCUUUUUACUCUUGAUGUUUCCAUAUAUUUUAUUAUGCAUCAGUAGAGUGAGGUAGUUUUAGAUCUACUUUAAUUUUAUUAGUAGUAAGGCUAGAGAAUCUUAGAACGUAUUUUUAAAUAUAGGUAUUGCUUGUAUCCAUUAUAGCUGCUAUUCUGAAAUCUAUAACUGAAAACUAUAACUGUAUAUUUAUUCCAUAAAAUAUAUAUUGUCAGAAUGUACUUGUUACAGAAAUAGGAUCUUUGUUACCAUGUAUUACAAAUGUAGUAAGAUAAUGUUAGCAAAAGACCAAGCUUUGUUUGGCACAUAUUCAUGUGAUAAAUAUAACCCAGCUAUCUUAGCUUUUCUGUAUUUUAAAAUUUAUUUUGUAUUUCAUUGUUAAUAUAUUUAGGAGGAGAAGUGUAAAUUGUUCCUGGCAUAUUUUCUUGUAAGUCAGUUUGAUCUUAAAGUUUAGAACUUUAUCAAAUCAAAUUGGAAUGUAAAAGCAAAAUAUAUAAGAACCUUUUUAAGUUUACAUUUACUUUUCCAAAGAUUAAUGAACAGUCACAGCCAAAGCUGGAAGGCUAAAAAUAUCAUCUACCUUAGAAGUGAAAAAAAACGUAAUCCUCAAAUCGUGACCAAUUUAUUGUCAUUUAAAAAUAUCUCCUACAUAGAGAAAAAGGAGGCAAAAAGGAAGUCCUCCAAUUCUUGCAUACUGAAAACUCCAGUUGAUUUCACUUGGAGUUGGGGGCACAAGGAACUCAGAACUAUUCUGAAACAAUGCUCUGGUUGCAGCCUUGUAACAAAAAAAAGUCAAAACCUGUUACAUCUUUUCUUUGCAGGUACUCACAUCAUUGAUCCCCUUCACUUCAGUAUAAA